GAGGUCCUUGUGGACUCAUUUAUCUCGAAACUGAAGCGUCGACAGAUCACGGGAUCUUAUAAUGUUGCCACUGCGACAUGUCGGCUGCUCAUGAGAGUGAUAUCGAGCUCGAGAUGGUCGAGCACGGAGGAGUUCAUCAACCUGAUCAGAGGAGUCGGAUGUAAGUUGAUAGACGCCCAGCCUCGCGAGUUUGCGACAGGAAAUAUCGUCAGACGUGUGCUGGCCAUCAUCAGAGAUGAGGUGAGCGAAGACUCGAUCACCCAGAGCGCCAAUAAUGCACCGUAUAAUACGUCCAUGUUCCAACUGCUGUCCACGACGCACACAACCAAGCCGCAAGGAACACAGGCCACGAAACAACCCAACCAGGAUCUCCGGUCAGUGGUCAUCCAGGGUAUCCGCGAAUUGAUAGACGAAAUCGCUUCUGUGCAUGAGAAUAUUGAGCUGAUGACAGUGGACCUGAUUCACGAGAACGAGGUGCUGCUGACUCCCACACCUGGGUCACAGACAGUUUUGAACUUUCUUCUGAAAGCCAGUCUGAAACGUAAGUUCACCGUCCUUAUCACAGAAUGCUACCCCAACGAUAUCAACGAGUGCCACAGCUUUGCCAAAAAGCUCGCAGAGAUGAAUAUCGAGACGGUCAUCAUUCCUGACUCCACGGUCUUUGCGGUAAUGUCGCGGGUUGGAAAAGUCUUAAUUGGAGCGCGUUCUGUUUUUGCAAAUGGCGGCUGUGUCACUGCGGCCGGAGUCGCGACCGUGUGCGAGUGUGCAAAAGAACAUAGAACUCCGGUGUUUGCAGUGGCAGGACUGUACAAAUUUUCUCCGACAUAUCCAUUCGACAGAGACUCUCUCAUCGAGGUGGGCAACUCAGGCAAGGUGCUGCCGUACGAGGACAGCGAUCUUGUUGGAAAGUGCGAGGUGACGAACCCGUUGUUCGACUACGUGGUUCCGGAACACAUCGACAUUUAUAUCACCAACAUUGGUGGAUUCUCACCUAAUUUCAUCUACCGAAUAGUUCUGGACAACUACAAAGCUGAAGAUGUACAGUUGGGAUGAAAUAUAAUGAAUAUAUGCG